GCGCCAAAUGAUUACGUGUUUCUACCGCGCCUGCUUUGUCGAAUAACUAACAACUAUUCUAAUUUCGAAUUCCAUCGUUCACACUGUGGUGAACUUGGUGUUACUGCCGUUAAUGCUCGGCUAACUCUACGCGUUUUUAGUGCAGCUCUGGACUUUGAUUGGCCGCUUCCUCCACCCUAUUCCACAGUGAGUUGCAGUUAGUGAACUGUGGUCCUGUUAAGAGGAUGGACAGCGAAAUCCAAAGAGACGGAAGAGUCCUGGACCUCACUGACGACGCCUGGAGGGAAGACAAGCUGCCGUAUGAAGAUGUCACCAUCCCUCUGAGUGAACUGCCAGAGGCUGAGCAGGACAAUGGAGGAUCCACCGAGUCUGUGAAAGAACAGGAGAUGAAGUGGACAGACCUCGCCCUGCAGAGCCUUCAUGAAAACACACCCAGCAUUGGAAGCUGAAAGACUGAGAACUGUAGUUACAACCGCUUCCAGACAAAUCCUCAAUUCAUCUCACUCCCCGAACUGCAUUACAACUGGACAAGUAUGAAACAUACAGCUCCUCACCUGAAUUUCACAUCUUACUAUUUCGAACACUUGCAGCAAAACGCCUUCCUUUGCCAAACCUUGCUUUGAAUGGCACAUGAUUAUUUUACAAGUUUUCUCCCUAAGAAGUAUGAAUGCAGGUCCCACAAUCACUCUGUCUUUGCAGAGUUGGCCAUGACCUUCCGGACAUGGUCAUGUGGCCCCUUCCCGACAAGGGCUGAGGGGUGUCGGUAUGAGCCCCCUAGGCGAUCCCAGAGUGUGAAGUAUUGUCCAUAGUUGUAGUAGAAGUAGAGGUGAUGGUCUACAUGGUGAGGAGCACCGUUAAUUAGACUUAUCAGGCAGCCCGGGAUACGGUAGUCUCCGUCAUGUAUGGAAAUUGUCCAAAUGUUGACAAAAACAAAGAGUGAGAGGUAGACGACCUGCAAUGUCAAAAUCCCAAAUGUUAUUUAAAAAAUAUUUCAACAUUUUCUGAUGUAAUGUGAAUGCUGACAUAUGUCAUCAACAUGUGUCCACAUUCAUUGUCACAGUCUUUUAAGUCAUAAAUAGAUUAAAGAUCUACUAAGAUUUAGGCCCCCUUUCACCUGGCAUUACAGUGCGUUUUCUGUGAUUCACCACAUGGUAUUAACAUGUGUCUCCAGUGUUCACAUCAAGAUCUCAUGUCUUCAAAGAUAUCCAGCAGAUAUGUAGCAGACUACAGCGUCACAUUCUAUGUGUUGUCAUAUCAGCAUCAACAAUUAUAGAUACAGGUGAAGUUGCACUGUUGUAUGGACUCCUCUUUGCUUUGGAAGCAGGGGAUCGCUGUCCGAUUGCAAUCAGAUUACAGAAAUCUCAUUUUAAUGUCAGGUGUGAAGGGGGCCUUAGAAGGGGUAUAUUUGCAGAAAUUGCAUUGUAAGUGUGUAAGCACUUUAUUUUAUAAAUAGUUUGAGUUUCGUAGCCUUGGAAUUAACCUUUUAUAACCUUGCACUUUAGGCAUUGCUCUACAGUUGACAGUGUUUUGCGCUGCACUGUUCUACAGCAGCACAAAUGGAUGUUUUUGUCAUGCAAAAGACACCGUAGUUCCCCCGUUGUGCUUGGGAAAGGGAGGGGUGAGUGGAGGAGUCACCAACUCCUACACACUGGACCUUGGAACAUAACUAAUGCAAACCGAUAGAACCUAGGCUCCUCAGUCAUGAUGUUUUUCCCUAACAAUGGUUUGAAAGAUUCAUUUUCAUCCGUGAUAGUGUACUCCUAACUUAAAAUACUACCUAAACCAUUGGUCUAACACCCAGAUAUUUUGAAAAGAAUGACAGUGUUGCCAUCACCUUGUGGAGUGGGAAGAUGAAAGGGUAGACGUGGUAGGGUAAGCUCUGCAGGAAGCCAUCUAUUGGGUGGAAGGCAUGGCUGGCAAAUGGCGUAGGGAUCUUGAAUAUGUGGUGCUGCUUAUGUAAUUGCUGAGGGGGAGAAACACAGAUGGUGACAGUUUUAGGUGCAAGUUUGUGGGGGUUAAACACACCAUGUAAGCAACGUGGUCACAGUUAUAUAAUAAAAGUAAAGUUCAAGCUUCAA